AUGACUGACACAGUCCAGAGCCUUACUUCCAAUAGCCUGACAGGCGAUGGGCCAUUUGCAGACCGUUCACCUCAUCGUUCUUACAAGAUCAUUGUGCUCGCGGGCCCGGCCGCCACGCAGGCUCACCGAAAGGAACAGUUCGAACUGAUGAGGCAGCGCAAUCCAUGGGAUAAGGACUUUCGCCUCCCCAUUCUGCGGAAUCCUCCCUCUGAACUUCACAUAGGCCACAGAUCAACGGCACAGGCAAUCCAGCGUCGAGCCGAGCUAGUCGUCGAGGCCUUGAAAUCAGAUAUCGAACGUGAUCUUGCCCAGGUCAGCCAGGAUACACCACACGAACUGACAGGCGAUCUCGUCCUUGUGAUUGAUGGCUUCCCAAACUCGAUGAUCGAGGCGCGGCUCUUUGAGCAGCUCAUCGGCCGGCCUGAUUGCUUCUUAGUCUUCACCGCCGACACCGAAUAUCUGAAGCAGUGUCUUUGGAAGCAGUGGUGGGCAGGUGAGCUCCGCUUAGCUGCCUUGGAAGUGUCCACGGAGAGUUAUCAGCCGCAAGGCGAGUGCACGACCACAGUCCACGGCCUACCAUCCGCGGACGACCGGACAUCGACACACUGUCCGUCUGCUACAUACGACAAGGCCACGGAGGCAUCCUCGAGUCCCGCUCUAUCGAAAGCUCAUGAGUAUAUCGACAGCUUGUUCCCGGAAGGUUGGCAUUUCCCGUACCAAGGACUCUCGAGCUGGUAUACCACUGAGCUUGCGGCUAGGGCGGGGACCAUCGAUCUCGAGCAGGGGGUGGAGGCGGUGUAUGUCGAGAUUGCUAAAGUUUUACAGUGGCUCGACACUGAUGAAAUCUACUAA